ACUUUCUGAUUUAUCAAACCUCUUAUGCAUAAAACAUGAUGCCGUAUAGUUUAAGAAUAGUAGUAGUUGCUUGUAUACAAAAUACUAGAUAUUGCCCGGGGCCUCGCUCCCGUGGGAAUUUUGAGAUAAAAUAUAGGCUAUAUCAAUCUUGGAUAAUGUAGGUACCUUUCCAAGAAUUUUUGACAUUUCCGAUUUCAAAAAUUCUUUCACCAUUGGAAAGGGAAGUUUCGGAAAUUACCCGCCUCAAACUCAAAAACGCUUACGUCUUUAUAAUAAUAGUACUUAUUGGAGGAAGUAUAUCCUUUACUCGUACUACUUACUACUAUGUAUAACUGUCAUACAAGAUACAGUUUGUUUUCACUUAAGAAAACAGAAUCUGGGUUGACUAGUUGGAAUAACUAAAUAAAAUAAAAAUAAUGUAUCAACGCGGUCCGUCUAUCUGUGUGUCGCCAGGCUAUCUCAUGAACCGUGUCAUUUUAAUUCUUCAAUUCAAUUCAAUUCAAUUCGUUUAUUUCGUGAACACAGGUUACAUAAUAGGUAUAAUACAUUGGAAUGAGCUUCUCUAUGUCCCGUCAUAAGGCAUACGAAAUUUUUGUCAUAGGUUUUGCAACUGAAGUUACAUAAUAUUUAUACUAUAAUUUAUUCUAUAAAGUGUCUACAUAAUUUAUCUAAUUAUCAGGUAGGUAUACAUUAAAAGAUCAAAUACUUAAUUAAAUUAAUUAAAAUUGUCAUUUAGAUAUUCAGUAACAGAAUAAUAAGCUUUAGUUAAAUUUUAGUUAAAAUUUACAUAGAUCAUGUAUUUCUGUUGCCGCUAUAACAAAUACAAAAUUAAAUAAAUAUUUAAGGGUGCUCCCAUACGAGGACAACAAAGGUGAUUUACCGUUUUUAUAGGUGUGGUAUGGAAUCCUUCGUGCAAGAGUCCGGAGUCGUAUGUACUUGGCCGGUUUUAUUUUUAUUUCAGUGUUCCGCAUCUCUGUAAAAUAAUUCACGGACGGAAUUCUGAUGUCUAUUGUUUGUUUUAAUUUAGGCAUCUUCAUUUCAGAUUUCUGCGUAUCUCAUAGACAUUUAGCGCCUUCACGAAGAAUACAAUGUUUCUUUCCGUAUUCAUUUACGCAACAAGUAUUUAUAUGUACCAAUUGUUGUUUCUGGAGGCGAUUUUUAUUAUUUUAUAAUUAUUUAUACUAGCUGCGUGCCGGGACUUCGAUACUGUGGUAAUUUCGGGAUAAAAAGUACCCAAUGUGUUAUAUAAAUAUUAUAUAUAUUGCAGGUUAGGAAUAUUCUACCAGUGUACCAAAUUUCAUAACAGUCCGGCCAGUAGAUUUUGCGUGAAAAAGUAACAAACAUACAUACACAUAUACCACAUAUAUCUUAACAAACUCUCGCAUUUAUAAUAUUAGAAGGAUAUACCCAGUUCUAAAUAGAAAAUACCUACUUUGCCUGUCCGUUUUGUGGUGGAUGGGUGAUCCAUUUUACUAAUAUAUUUUUGAUACUACUGAGCAAGCAAAUAGGCAUGUGGCCCAUCUGAUGGGAAGUGGUCACUGCAGUUUAUGGACACCUGCGACACCAGAGAAAUCUCACGCGCGGUGCCCGAAUAAAUCUUUUCUUGACCUUUUGAAUAACUGUGUAAAUUUGUAAAUUACGGAAUUGACUCAUGCUUCGGCGUUAAAUCCAUUUCAUAAAAUAUUGUAUGAUUCACCUUCAUUAGACCACCUUACAAAAAAGGUGCUCACGCGCAAUAAUCUAUGCCGGAAGGUAAUUAAGUUUGUACUUUCUUUAUAGGCAUUUGCUGUGUCACUUCUUAGGUCAUUAAAUAAUUUACGAAUUAGUGUAUUAAGUACUAAAUAUACUUACGUAAUAAAUGUUAUACGUACUCAUUUCUUAAUGAGACAAAUCUUUAAAUAUCGCAAUUCCAAUUGAAAUAUUAACACACAUCUCCUAACUGCAGAAGUUGAACAAGUGAUACGUACUGUUAUUACAUUUUAUUUCCUUCAAUACAAAGAUGUUGCGCAAAUUGAUAGCUUUGAGUGUGGUGUUUGGCAUGGUUUUUGCAGAUCCACUUACGGACAGGCUUCGCGACAGGAUGAAUAAUGCAAAUGCUUUGGACUUCCUGGAAGAAAGGACGGAGUCAGAGGACCUGUUGGUACAACUACUGCCUGAGAAGGCUCAGUUGAUAAUUCAGCUCGUAAAUGCAGUCAUUGGAGUGAAAGUGUCUGCGAUAUCCAUAGCUGUCAACGUCAUCGGAUGGUUGGUCUCCAACGCUGCCGUCAUCAUCGUGGGAGUCCUAGGUGCCCUUGGUUUCUGCAAAUACACCGGCAAAUGUGCCCUGGACUACGACGUAGCACAACUGCGCAGUUACGCCACUCCUGAGAAUCUGGACACUGCUCAAAAUUUCCUCUUCACCGCGGUUGAAAGAUAUGCGGAGUCUAAUGGAAGAUCCAUGUGAUGUCAGUGAUUGUAUUUACUUAUUUAAUCUAAUAAAUUAUUUAUAUAUUAUUUCUGAUUUUGAUUCAACUACUUUAUUACCUUUUUCGACUUGUGUGAUAAAACCUGUAAUAUCGUCGAAAUAAACU